GUGAUACAGGCAGCCACACAGCGGGCCACAGACAGCAGCUUUGCAGGGCUAGCGCUAGCUACCGUAGUAAGACCUUCUGCGCACUUGACUGCUUUUGUAACGUUAUCUGACCGGGAAGCUCCUGUAACUGUCACAGACGUUGGACGAGGAGGACAGAUGGAAGCGAUGACGGUUAGCAGGACCAGCCGACAUCCUCGGAUAUGUCCAGCAAUUCUUGCAGUUUUUCUGUUAAUUUUGACUGUGCAGGUUGUAAAAACAUCCUCCGAAUUUGACCCCUACAAAAUGUUGGGUGUCAGCAGGAGUGCGAGUCAAGCAGAAAUCAAAAAGGCUUACAAGAACCUCGCAAAGGAAUGGCACCCAGACAAGAACAAGGACCCCAAAGCUGAGGACAUGUUCAUAAAGAUUUCCAAAUCAUAUGAGAUUCUGUCCAAUGAGGAACGGAGGUCCAACUUUGACCGUUAUGGACAGAUGGAUGAAAACCAGCCCUUUGGGCAGUCACAGCAUCAUGGUUUCCGUGGCUUCCACAACAGCUUCUAUUUUGAUGAGUCCUUUUUCCAUUUCCCCAGGUCCAGGGACUUUGCAGACAGCAAGUACCUGCUUCACCAUGCACAGUUUAACAGCGAUGUCCUACCAGACAGCCACAAGAGGCCGUACCUCAUCAAAGUGACCUCUGAGUGGUGCUUCGCAUGCAUCCAUAUAGAGCCUGUGUGGAAGGAGACAGUGCUGGAGCUGGAGCCUCUGGGUGUUGGCAUCGGCAUUGUGGAUUUGGGAUAUGAGCGCCGCCUGGCCAACCAGCUGGGAGCCCACCGUGCACCCUCCAUCAUUGGGCUGGUGAACGGCAGGGUGACCUUCUUCCAUCAAGCGGUGGUUCGUGAACACCUGCGACAGUUCAUAGAAGAUCUGCUGCCUCAGAAACUGGUGGAAAAGGUCACUGACAACAACUAUCUGACUUUUCUGGAUAACUGGCAUGCUGAAAAUAAGCCAAGUAUUCUCUUGUUUGACCAAGUCCCUUCUGCCCCUCUAAUGUACAAAUUAACAGCGUUUGCCUUCAGAGAAUAUGUCCGCUUCGGCUAUGUGGAUCAGGGUGAAAUGCAUAACACUCGAAUGCUGCGUCAGUUCAACAUAAACACAUACGCCCCCACCAUGCUGCUCUUUAAGGAGGAUACAGAGAGGCCAGUCGACAUCAUCCAGGCCAGAGGGAUGAAGCGACAGAUCAUGGAUGAGUUUGUCUCUAACAACAAGUUCCUGCAGGUGCCGCGGCUGGUCAACCAGCAGCUGUUUGACGAGCUCUGUCCUAUUAAACAGUUUCAUCGUCGGAGGAAGUACUGUGUGCUUCUGAUCACAGGGGAAGACCAAGCCUUUCUCUCAGGCAAUAAGGCCUUCCUGGACUUUGCAACAGCUAACAGUAAAGAGGUGCUGCGGUUUGCAUAUGUCUACCAGCGACUCCAGCAGCCUCUCUGUCAGGCUCUGCUCCACAAUCAGGCUGCUUUCUCACCUCAGGUUGUGAUUCUGGAGAGGCGAAGCCAGGCUGGCAGGGUUCUUUACCGCUCUGUGAGUGGUGGCUGGAACGGCAGUGAAGAAGAUAAAUACCGUCUACACGAACAGCUAGAGCUCCUUCAGAAAGACCCUACCUACCUGACCUCAGACGCCACCCUGCCUGAACUGAACAACGAGAUGGCUCCAAUGUUUAUAAUUCAGUGGAUGAAUGCUGCCUAUGAUUACAUCCUUCAAGUAUAUGAUGACCUCCUCUACUCAAACUGGCGAGAGAUGAUGCCCAUCCUGUCAUUGAUCUUCUCUGCCCUCUUCAUCCUUUUUGGCACAGUCAUUAUUCAGGCCUUCAGUGAGCCUGGUGAAAGCAAACCACGGAAAUCCAAGCCAAAGGAGCAACCACAAACUGAGGAGGAUGCUUCAAGCAGAGCCAGUACAACAAGCCGUGCUCCUAAGAAAGACUUUGUAGAAGUGACAGAGCUGACAGAUCUCACAUAUACCAGCAAUUUGGUCAAACUAAGGCCAGGACACAUCAACGUUGUUCUGGUUCUCACCAACGCCUCCAAGACAGCCCUGCUUAGGAAAUUUGCAAAGGAGGUUUUCUCUUUCUCUGGGACUCAUAACCUGCACUUUUCCUUCCUCAACGCUGAUAAACACCAACACUGGAUGCCAUCGCUCCUUCGCUCAUCCCUUGCUGCUCAGGACCAGGGCCGUGAUGAUUACGAGGAGUCGUCAGACUACUCCGGCCAUGUUCUGGCUCUCAAUGGCCACAAGAAAUACUUCUGCCUCUUUAAACCUGUCUUCACAGGGGAUGAUCCCCACGACUCUUUAUCCGAGACCUCGUUCUCCUCUGACAGCAGGAGACAAUCUAGGUCAAGGUCCAGAUCCAGCUCCCACUCUAGGUCCCGGUCCCAUUCCAGGGACAAUGGGGCUGGAGGGAAGAGAGGCUCCAGCAGGGCCACGAGCAUCGAGGUUCACCACAAGCUGGAUAGGCUGGGACUGUGGAUGGAGAGGCUAAUGGAGGGGACACUGCCCAGACUACAGGUGCCUGCAUGGCCCAUACUGGAUGAAACUACAAACAACUUUUCUGCAGAGAGCUGAGGUCUUACUAACAGAGGUACAAAUGGAAGAAGCCGUAUGUGGUCUCACCUCCUGAUUAAGUCCUUUAGCAAAAAAGUACAGUAAGGAAAUGAUUAUUUAUGUUCUCUUUUGCACAGGUAGGCGGCUGCUGCACUGAACAGUUUAAACCUGUUUACAGAAUGUCAUUUUAUUUAUGUGUCACAGAGCGUGGAGCAGAUAGAAAUCAACGGCUUAGAGUUUUGUUCUACCAAACCUUUAAAAUGCAGUUUUGUGCAUGUUAAGAGCUGCAGUGAAUGCAUCAACAAGCAAAGGCAGCAUUUGAGCUGAAAUAUGACUGCUGCACAAAGACAGAAGGAGGAAAACAACAAAGUAGCUUCUCCUCCUCCACACAUGCACGCCCAGUUUUCUCACACACACAGGCAGGUGGUAAGUGCUGUUAACAAGCUGCAGAUAGAUCACCUCACUGCUCAAGUGUUCUUUACUGCCGCUGUGUAUAGCCCACAAACAUUCAGAAGCAUCAAGGGACAGACAUUGGCUGUGCUUUGCAGUGUGUGGACUGUAUGUGUGCAUUAGAGAUUCAACUUACAGUAGAUUUCCCUUCUUUUAUUUCUUGUCUCUAUUCAUAUAUAAAGUGAGGUCAUACAGGAAAGACCAGGUGCAAGCUUUUUAUUUCUGUAGUUGAGUCUUUUAACACCAAAUUUCCUCACAUUACCUUUAAGCCUGAAAACAUUUUUACAGUUAAAAGCUCUUUACUCUGACUUCUGGCAGCAUGUCAGAUUUCUGAUUUGGUUUUUGAUCAGAUUUCUACUUAGUCCAAAAACAGGCAUGGAAACUGAGCCUGAUGCACUGACUUAAUUCAUAAAUUAUUUAAACACACUGGUUUUUUUUUUAAUUUGUGGAAGCCUUUUGUUGGUCUUGGAUAUUGGUCAUUUAUUAUCACACAACAUUUUUUGAUUCCAGAUAUGAGAGCAGAGAGCAGAGAAUUGAGUGGCACUGAAAGUUGCAAUAAUCAGAUAACAUUAAUAUGGUUUUAAGAAUUGCUUAGUAAGAAACUGAUUAUACUUCUUGAAACAAGUUGCCACUUUUGCUGCUUUUUUGGUUUAAGUAUGUGAGCAAUGUGUGAGUUUAAAGCUGCCUUUGAUAUCACUAGUUUUUGAGUUAUUGUUUGUUUGAAUCAGGGAGCAGCAACAAAUGCUACUGUAUUGAAUUGGCCAUUUUUAGACUUCCCCUUUAGAUUUUUGAGAACUUGAAUGCAUGGAAUAAGUAAACUAAUAAAUUUAAAGAGAAUCUGCAUUUGCAGCAAAUGUGUGAUUCCUUUUGUCUUCUCCUUUUACUUUCACUUUGUGAUUGAAUAAUUUGCUGCUUAACAAUGAGUCAUAUUUGCAGUACACUGUAACUCUAAAUAAUUUAGAUUUCAUGUCCUUUGAACUUUUAUUAUGUGAACAUGAAAUUGUAUGAAAUGAAGUGUAACCUAUUAAAGAAACUUCUUUUAAAACAUAUAAUUUAUUAAAACUUGCAACCUGCUU